AUGAUUGGACUGGGUAUCUCUCGGAUUGUCGGCCAGGAGAGUAUCGAUACGUCUGUACAUGCCGCGCUGCAAGCUGGAUACCGAUUGUUUGACACAGCCGAGUUAUAUGCAAACGAAGCAGAGCUUGGAAAUGCUUUGGAGAAAAGUUUACCAAAAGCUGGUCUCACACGUGAAGAUAUAUUUAUUACUACCAAAGUGCAGACCAAAGAUGGAGAUGCAACAAAUUGGGCAGAAGAAAGUAUACAAGGAUCUUUGAAAAGACUGAAAACAAACUAUUUGGAUAUGGUUUUGGUACACUUCCCCAGGGAUAGAUAUACUGGAAAAGAUGGAUCAUAUGGGGUGAACAAAAAAGGAAGAAAAGAAGUAUGGCAGAAACUCGAGGAAUUUAAAGAUCGUGGCAUUAUCAAAUCGAUAGGAGUAUCAAAUUAUGAAGUUUAUCAUUUGGUAGAACUCUUCGAAUAUGCAAAGCAUCGCCCUGUGAUGGAUCAGUUUGAGUUUCAUCCUUAUUUUACAAGACCGACUCUGAAAGCUUUUUGCGAGAGAAAUGGAAUUUUUGUUCAGGUUCGCCUUUCACAUAUAACUUUUAGAGUUUUUCCCGAACUUUCUUUCUUCUGAAA